AUAUCUCUUGUUAACAUGCUUAAUUUCUUCAUCACUCAUCAUUAUCUCUUUCAAUUCCCAUCCACAUGGCAACGCCAACCCCAACCCAAUCCUCCUCUACUGAAGCAAAAACAAUUUCAGACGACGACAUACUUAUUGCUGAUGAUUUGCCAAGAGAAAAAAGAUGGGUAGAUGAUAAUCAAGCCAUGUAUUUGUACAAUGGGUUUUGGCAGCUAACAUGGAGCCUCCUCCAUGGGCUCCUAGCCCUCCAACAACACUUCAAACCACACCCCAAUGAUGUUCUCUUAGCCAGCUACCCCAAAUCUGGAACCACUUGGCUCAAGGCUCUUGUGUUCACCAUUGUGAACCGCCCAAAGUAUCCGUACAAUGGAAUUAACCACCCUUUGCUCACCUCAAAUCCUCAUCAUUUGGUUCCCCAUUUGGAGAUGUACGCCACUGAAAACCCCACCAACCCCAGGCCUAUUACAGAACCCCCCUUGUUUCACACCCACAUUUCCUACCAAUCAUUUCCUCAUCAACACAUCCAUAGCUCCUCUUCUUCUUCUUCUUCUUCUUCGUGUCGGAUUGUUUACGUGUUUCGUGACCCAAAGGACGUUUUGGUUUCUCUCUGGCACUUCACGCGCAAGCUGACCGCCAAACACCUCACCCCCAUUUCUCUCCAGGAGGCUUUCCACCGGUUCUCGCGCGGCGUCUCUCCUUACGGCCCCUACUGGGAUCACGUCGCUGGCUACUACAAAGCCAGUGUGCAAUUCCCCGACAAAGUGUUGUUCCUGAGGUACGAGGAUUUGAAGAAGACAGACAGUGUCGUCGACCACGUCAAGAAGCUGGCGGCGUUCCUGGGCCAAACUUUCUCUGAGGAGGAAGAUAAUGAAGGGGCGGUCCAGAAAAUCAUAGAUUUGUGCAGCUUUCAGAAACUGAGCAAUUUGGAAGUGAACAAAGAUGGGUCACAGCACGUAACUAUGUCGGCGGAGACGUAUGUGAUUAAACACAGCGCUUAUUUUAGAAGAGGUGAGGUUGGGGAUUGGAAGACCCAUCUUACACAGGAAAUGGUGGAGGUUCUAGACCAAAUCACUCACGAAAAAUUCAAGGAAUUUGGGUUGGAUGGGUUAAAUUGAAGGCAUUUCUGCAUCCCAUCCGGACAAAUAAAACUGCAUAAUAAUAUAAUAUAAUGUUCAAAAUAAUAUAAUGCUAUUUUCUCUUAAAUGCCA